AUGAAGCAUAAAGGGAUGUUGAGUAAAGAGACGUUUGCGUCGAUUUCACGGAGAUAUGCUAGAGUGAGGAAGGUUAAAGAAGCCGUAGAUGCUUUUGAGAAGAUAGAGAAGUUUGGAAUGAAGUUGGUAGUGUCGGAUUAUAAUAGAUUGAUUGAUACUUUGAGCAAAUCGAAAAAUGUUGAGAAAGCACAAGAGGUGUUUAAUACAAUGAAGAAGAGAAGGGAGAUGAGAGAUGAAGGGUUUGAACUUGAUGUUGUGACAUAUGGUAUAAUUAUCAUUGUGCAUUGUAAGGCAAGGAAAUAUGAUGAAGCACUUGAGUUAUUCCGUGAAAUGGAAGCAAAGAAUUGCCAAGUGUUUGAUGAAAUAAAUGACAAGGACCCAGAUGUUAUUUUAAGCAAUAGAGUCCAUGAGGACACUGAAAGAUUCAAGGUGCUCUGGAAUUUAGUUAGUGAUAUGAAGCAUAAAGGGUUGUUGAGUAAAGAGACGUUUGCAUUGAUUUCACGGAGAUAUGCUAGAGCAAGGAAGGUUAGAGAAGCUGUAGAUGCUUUUGAGAAGAUAGAGAAGUUUGGAAUGAAGUUGGGAGUGCUGGAUUAUAAUAGAUUGAUUGAUACUUUGAGCAAAUCAAGAAAUGUUAGGGGUUCAUUAGAGUGUUAUGGAAUUAGUAACCCUAGAGAGCUUAGGAAACAAAGACUAUACCUGUGA